GUGCCCCAAGAUGGCGUCGCGGUCGUCGUUGGCGGCGGCCGGAGAGCUGGCGGCGGCGGCAGGGCUGGUGGAGCUGACGGGGGGGAUGAGGCGGGCGAAAGGCGGCAGCGGCAGCAGCGUGUAGCGGAGGCUCCCGGCGUGUGAGAGACUCUCCUGGGAGGCGGGUCCCCGCUGCCGGAGACCGGCGGGUCCCACUCCCCUCAGGGCCGCCCCCCCGCCGCCUUAUUCCCCACCGGGCCUCUUGGAGCCCAGGCCUUGCUCCCCCCGCAGCGCCCCAUCCUCGGUGUUCUCCGCUCCGCCUGGGCCUAGAGCCGAGCCCCUUCCGCCUCCUCUCAGCGCCCCGGGCCGAGCCCCCCACUCAGCCCCCUCGCUGCUCCCCCCUUCCCCAGAACGGAGGAUGAUGAAGCUCAAGUCCAACCAGACUCGCACCUACGACGGGGACGGGUACAAGAAGCGGGCGGCCUGCCUGUGCUUCCGCAACGAGAGCGAGGAGGAGGUGCUCUUGGUGAGCAGUAGUCGCCAUCCAGACAGAUGGAUUGUCCCAGGAGGUGGCAUGGAGCCCGAGGAGGAGCCCAAUGUGGCUGCUGUGCGGGAAGUCUGUGAAGAGGCUGGAGUGAAAGGGACGUUAGGAAGAUUAGUAGGAAUUUUUGAGAAUCGGGACAGGAAACACAGAACAUAUGUUUAUGUACUUAUUGUCACAGACGUGUUGGAAGACUGGGAGGACUCUGUCAAUAUUGGAAGGAAAAGGGAAUGGUUUAAGAUAGAAGAUGCUAAAGAAGUUCUGAAGUCCCACAAACCAGUGCAGGCCUCAUACUUUGAAACCUUGAGACAAGGCUGUUUGGCAAACAACGGCACUCCUGUCAUGACCGCUUCAUACACUGACUCUAAUGAGAGCUCUGUCUCUGACAUCAGAUGACUGAAGAUGUCCCUAUAAAAGAGAGUUUUGGAAAAUAGACUGAAACAUGGAUUUCCCCCCCGUCCCUCUCCCACCCCCUUUCACAUGCCUCCUCUGUCGAACAAGGCAUGGGCAGCAGCCUGUGGCAAAGCAAGUGUUAAGAGUGUUGCAAGGUUUAGUGCAAGGUGGGGUUUUUUGCUUUUUUGGAUAUGUAUUUUGUAAAAUACAUUUUGUGCAUGAAGUGCCCCUUUCCCUUUACACCGCUACCCUGGCCUGGAGAGCGACGCUGCUCGUUUCGCCUCUGCCUUGUGUUCUGAAGUGUUCCCAUGUGUCAUCCCAGCCAUAGCCAGACAUUUUUCUUUUUUUUUUAAUUAAAGACUGCAAAUGUGAGAUCAAUUCUUUAAGUCUUAGUCUGUACUGUAAGGUGCUGUUCAGACCUGUGGUGGUCACUUUCAGCGCAUAUGUAUAAACUAUUUUUUUAGAUGGAGGAAUCUAACUUUUUAAUUUUGCGGGAAUUUUUUAAAACCUGGGCUACUUGUGAAAAGAGGGUUUCAUAAUUAAUCCGUUUGCCUUGUUUUUUUAAAUAUAAAACUUUUUGUGACCAUGCUAGUGGCUGGGCCAGUUUACUCCCCCAUAAGCCCCUGAAACUUAGUGCAGUGACAUUUUAAGGUCAGAGCAAAGUUUUGAUCACCUUCAGACAUCCCUGGUGCUCAGUUCCUUCUACAGAUUCAGCCAACAUUUCUGCUUUUAUAUUAGAAUGAAACGCAAAGAAUUGGUCUUUACCGCCCAGCCAAAAGCAAACAGCCUCAGAAACACUAUGAUAGAAACUGAAUUUUGGCCUCAAUGGUAGGAAUCAGGGAUUCAAAGUGGGGUUAAAAUCUAACCAACUGGAGCUUCAAGCACCAAUGCUGCCCUGCUGUUUUGGAAUUCUUUCCCACUUGCUGGAUAUUGCUGAUGUCUCUUCUUGUCCACAUGCCUUACACUGUGCUCAACUGAGUAUUGUAAUUUGUGCUAAAGCAUCUGAUUGUACUUAUUGAGUGUCAUUGCACAAACCCGUGGGGGAUGUCCCUGUUGUGUCCCUAAAAAGAAGUCUUGGGGGGAAAAAAUCAGGUGUUGAAUCUCUUGUAUGUGGCAUUGCAGCACUUACAAUUGCACCACAGAGCAUACUCAGAAUGUUAAAACUAUCAUCCUCUGUGACAAAGGUACAGCUGGCUCCCAAGCAGAAAUGCUAGUGUGGAGAAGUACAUCAUUUAAUAGGAUAGUUGCCCUGAUGCAUUGGCACAGUUCAUGUUUUUUUUUUGUUUGUUUGUUUGUUUUUUACUGAUGUAAGUUU